GUGUUCCCCCCCCCCCAUAGCCCUGCUCUCUCCCCAGCACACGCUGUCCCCCCCCCCCACCAUAGCCGUGCCCUCUCCCCAGUGCAACCUUCCUGGGGAGCCCGGGGACAGGAGUAGGCAAGCCAGAGAUUUCUGAGGGGGGGGCACCUGCGAAGGACCAGGGAGGGAGCAGGGAGGCGGGGGAGCCCCCGGACCAGGGACAGGAAGGUGGCUCGAGUGGGACGGGUCCCAGAUGGCCGCGUGGUUCUCAGGAAGUCUCGGCCAGGCCAGCAGGGACCCCUGUGACAGACCUGUGUCUCAUGCCGACAGGCUGCAUCGGGGCUCCGCCGUGGUCACUCCCUUCCUGGGAGCAGGCAGCGGGGCUGGCAGUCACCCCCCCCCCCCCGACGGGAGACGUGCCCACAGCACCCGGCGCCCGAGGGCGAGGGGGCCCGAGGGCCAGGGGGCGGGAGAGCCCAGGCUUGUCUCCUGGGGGCGGUUCUGGCUCCAGAGCAGCCUGGGGCCCCUCCCCUGGGCCGGGCUGGGGCCGCCGUCCCUGCUCCCCAACUAGCAAUCCUGCUCCUCGGCCUGACCUUCACGGCCCUGCGGAGGCAGCAGAGGCACCGGCGGGGGAUGGGCGGGUGGCAGGAGGGGACUGACGGCACUUCUCUCCCCGUCAACGGGUCUGACUCCGCGGUGCCCGCUCCUGUCUCCUGUCCCCCAUCCCCACCCCCGUGUGGGAGGGACCUCCCUGUUCCAGUCUGGGGGUGACUUCCUGCCCUUGCCUUUGGGCCACCAGCAGCCGCCUGGCUUCUCAGCGUCUCUGUCACUGUGUGACUUUCCUGGGUAAAAUCCCUCAGGGUCUCGGUUGUAAAUGCUGGGAGUAGGUUCUGUCCGCCUGGCUGGCCCCUGCCUGAGUUUUGCUUUAGAUUUGCACAUCUGCCUUCAGACCGGGUCCAUCGUGGCCUCUGUCACUGCCUGCCCUCUGCGCCCGCUAGCCCACCAGCCUGGACUCCCCCUCAUUUCUCGCCCCCUGCAUCCCUGCGGUUAGCUUCUGGUCGUUGCCACCUGCCUGGUGGCUCUCAUCCCUGCUCCCCCUUGACCCCUGACCCUUGCCAGGGUGCCCUGCUUUCCUGUAUAACUGUCACUCUUGCGGUCUGCCGUGGCCCCUUGUGACGGAACACCUGCUCGCCUGUCACGCCCUGACCUCGGGUGAAGACGUGACUCCCUAGGUCACCGUUGGCCCGCCUGCGUCCUGGAGAGCACCUGCUCUGAGCGCUGAGCACCGCUUCCUCGGUGCCGCUUCCUGCCCCUCUGGGGCCGCCCGCUGCUCUGGUCCGGGGCCUCGGGGACAGCGCUUGUCUGACGGGACCCUCCCCGUGUGCCUGCUGGUCCUGUAGCUGGUCAGCAGCCCUGACGUUCAUUUCGAUAUCGCGGGCACGCGGCACGCUGAGCGCGGAGCGUGUGUGAGCGAGCUCUCCGGCCGGGGGCACUUAGCGAGCCCCCCUCGCGUCUGCACAAAACCAUCCGGAUGCAGGCAUCACGGUCCCCCUCCUCCUUGGGAGACAAGCGGAGCUCAGAGACGCUAAGUGCCUUGCCUGAGGAGCUACCACCAAGGCCCAGGCUGGGGUCUGGACCUCUGUCCACUCCUCCUGGAAGGCCGGGGAGGAGAGCAGGGCCUGGGCUCUGGGCCCAGUGAUCCCAGGAGAGUCAUCUGGUCCUCCGGUGACCGCUUCAGUUUGCUAAGCGACUGAGAGGCUAGUUUCGCCAGUGUGUAAACUAGGAAGUGAGCAGUUAACAGGCAGCAGUCACUGUUUUGUGGGAGUGAGGGGGCCAAUAAAUAAUGUUCUGUGUAUCACAGACGCCUGGGAGCCAGUAGCUUCAGAGACUCAAAAUCUCAGAUGACUGUGUUUCAGAACAAGAAGGUCUCACUCCGAAACUUACUCCAGCGGCAGGAAGGAGCCUUUGUCUUCGUUCCCUGGAGCCAGGCCCGCCCCCCUGUGGGGCGUGGCCACGUUGCCGGCGCCCCGUGCCCCAGUUUCCACAUCUGUAAGAUGCGCGUCAGACUCCCCUCCUGUGGAGUGCUUGACGUCAGAUUCAGACGAUGCUUUAAGGGUCUGUCAUAAUGUUCAGAAUUAAAAAAAAACUCGCAGUUACAACAGGCAGAAGGGAAAGACCUAUCUUAAGUAUGUGGAUUUGAGAUGAACUGUGCCUCGUGUUGUCACGGAAAGGGAAUCGUAAACUGAAGAGACUCUCUCCCCAACUGAGAAAGUCGCAGAAGCUCCCGAGGAGCAAGCAGGUGACACAGAAAGACGGUAAGAGGAGGACGAAAACCGCGUUACUCUACCAGGGAGACCACGGUUGGCAUUUUGAUGUGCUCCCUUUUUGCUCCUCCCCCACCUCCCCUUAGGUAUGGACGUUGGGGGCGUGAGGUGUCCUGGCUGCUUCGCGUCACAGCUCCGGCGAGUUGCCCCGUUCGGUGGCUGCCGCGUCCCGUCGGGGCAGUGCGUGGACUGUAUGUGUCCUACAGGGGGCACCGCGUGGGCCGCCCUGAAGCGGGGACAGCUUGUGUGCCCCUCUGCCCCCACGGCACCCUGCCUCCCGGAUCCCUGCCGGCUGCUCGCGGCUUCUCCGUCGUUCCAUCCGCCGUGCACCGGGACCCGGCCGGCGCCGAGGACCCCGUCCCCCGGUGUCCCCUGGUGUCCCCCGGUGUCCCCCGGCGCGUUCCUUCCCCCCCGCACCCCACCACCUCCCGAGCCGGCGGGGCUGGGGCUGAACACGGGUCGGGCGGUGCUUGCUGCCGGCUGCUCUGCACCCGGCCCUCUGCGCCCGGACAGCCUCGAGCGCAAGGUGCCACCUGCCGCCCGACGGAUACAGGGCGCUUCUCGCGCUGUGGGGGCGGCUUCUCGCCCCUCCUCUUCAGCCCAGUCCCACCCCUCCUGGCAGAAGGAGUCUGUUCCCGUCACUCAUCCCGCGGUUACUCGUUCUGGGGGCACUUGCCCUUCACUCAUCCCGUGGUCACUCGUUCCGUGGUCACUCAUCCCAGGGUCACUCAUCCCGCGGUCACUCGUUCCAUGGUCACUUGUCCUGUGGUCACUCGUUCUGGGGGCACUUGUCCCGCAUUCAUCCCGUGGUCACUCGUUCCGCGGUCACUCAUUCUGGGGUCACUCGUGCCGUGGUCACUCAUCCCAGGGUCACUUAUCCCGCGGUCACUCGUUCCAUGGUCACUUGUCCUGUGGGCACGCGUCCUGGGGGCACUUGUCCCGCAGACACUCGUUCUGGGGGCACUUGUCCUGCUCUCGUCCCGUGGUCACUCGUUCCACGGUCACUCUUUCCGUGGUCACUUGUUCCAUGGUCACUCGUCCCACGGUCAUUCAUUCUGGGGUCACUUGUCCCGUGGUCACUCGUCCCAGGGCCACUGAUCCCGUGGGCACUUGUCCCACAGACACUCAUUCUGGGGGCACUUGUCCCGCACUCAUCCCAUGGUCACUCGUCCCGUGGUCACUCGUCCCGCAGACACUCGUCCUGGGGUCACUCGUCCCACAGUCACUUGUUAUGUGGGCACUUGUCCGGUGGUCACUCAUCCCGGGGUCACGUCCCACAGUCUGCUGCCCUCCCUUGCCCACCUUCAGCCCCUGAAGGUGGCCAGCACUGGCCUGGGCCCCGGCCUCAGGCGCGUGCUGUCCCUAGGCCGUCGUUCAAAUGCGCAGGCGCUGUGUUUAGCGGGUGGUGCUGGCCCUGCCCACUGAGAGGGGCGAGGCUUCCGGGGAGACCCCUCUAGGGGGGCAGGCACCGGCUGCAUCACAUGGUGCCCUCGCGUGCCCUGGAGCGGUCCGUGCAGGUGUCCGGGGGCGGCGGCGGCUGGGAGGUGCAGGCAGCGCUUCGCGCCCCGUGACAUCCGUGGGACGGCCGUGCUGCUGUCCCACUGACUCUUGGGCCUGGGACUCGGUUGUGACCCGUAUACCCUAGAUCUCGCGUGCGGCGGCCGGGCCGACUCUUCCCCCGGCUCAGGAGCGGAUCAGAGCGG